CUCGGCGAACCUCGGCUAUGUUUAGUAUUGGUUUGUUCCGUGAAAUCAGCUGUAACCAUUCGUGCCGCCGCGCGUUAAAGUGGCUAACCGCACCCGACAGCCUCCACGUCCGUCGCCCCCGAAAACAAACAACACAGCGCGUCUCCGCGUGUUGCGACAUUCAUCCGUCUUCAGAUGCAGGGGGUGUAAGCAACCGAGUUCGGCUCUCUCACACGUUCAUUCUUCAUUGAGGAAGUUGAACUCCUGUCAGUCUGAGAGGCGCAGCGCAGGACGCAAAGGUGUGACUCUGACGUGGCUCAAAUCUACAUAAAGGCAACCAGGUGGAAGAAAAGAUGAGCGGCGCUGCAGCGAACGGCGACAGCACGGAGAUCUCCAAGAAGGCCAAAAUGAGCGGAGACACUUUGACCCAGCACGUGGACGGCAUCCCUCCCGGACACCCUCCGUAAGGUGCAGGAGUACCUGGAGCCUUUCUGUCUGUCUCUGGAGAAGCUGCAGGAAGUUUCUGCUCGGCUGAAGAGGGAUUUCUCUCGAGGUUUGGGGAAACACAGUCAUCACAAGGCGCCUGUCAAGAUGCUGCCCACCUUCGUCAGGGCCACACCGGAUGGGACGGAGAAAGGCGACUUCCUGGCGUUGGAUCUCGGUGGAACAAACUUCCGGGUGCUUCAUGUUCGUGUGGUGGAGGAGCAGCAGAAAGUGCUGAAGAUGGACAGUCAGAUCUGUGCCAUCCCGCAGGAUAUGAUGCUGGGAACUGGAGAACAGCUGUUCGACCAUAUCGCGGCCUGUCUCAGUGAUUUCCUCGUCUCUCAGGAUCUGAAGGGACAAACUCUUCCUCUGGGCUUCACCUUCUCUUUCCCCUGCGAACAGAAAGAAAUCGACAAGAGCAUCCUGAUCCGCUGGACCAAAGGCUUCAACUGCUCUGGAGUGGAGGGCAAAGACGUGGUGAAGUUACUUAAAGAGGCCAUUCACAGGAGAGGGGACUAUGAUAUAGGCUCAGUUGCCAUGGUGAACGACACAGUGGGCACGAUGAUGAGCUGCGGCUACAGGGACCAGAGCUGUGAAAUCGGCAUGAUCAUUGGUACGGGAACCAAUGCCUGCUACAUGGAGGAGAUGAAGAACGUGAAGCGCGUGGAGGGCGAGGACGGGCGGAUGUGCAUUAACACAGAGUGGGGCGGCUUCGGAGACGACGGCUCCCUGAAAGACAUCCAGACGGAGUUUGAUCGGGUGGUGGACAAGAUGUCCAUCAACACUGGCGUCCACACCUUUGAGAAGAUGAUCAGCGGUAUGUAUUUGGGAGAAAUCGUUCGGCUGGUGCUGGUGAAGCUGACCGAGGACAAGCUGCUGUUUAAGGGACAGUCCUCAGAGGCGCUGAAGACUCCGGGCAGAUUUGAGACAAAGUUCAUCUCUGAGAUUGAGGAGCAGGACAACGGUCUUGAAAACGCCCAGAAUAUUCUGACUAAGUUGGGUUUGAAGUGGGAGUUGGUCGACUCCCGCGUUGUGCGUCUGGUCUGCGACACCAUCUCCUCGCGCUCCGCUCGUCUCUGCGCCGCUGCCCUGGCAACCAUCGCCAACCGCAUCCGUGUCAACCGCGGGCUGGACCAUCUGAAGACCACAGUGGGGGUGGACGGGACUGUCUACAGAAAACACCCCAAUUUCAGCGACGAGCUCAAAGCGACGGUGCGCCUCCUUGCCCCUGAGUGUGACAUCACCUUCCUCGUCUCGGAGGACGGCAGCGGGAAGGGCGCUGCCAUGGUAACGGCUGUGGCGCAGCGGCUGGCUCUCCAGUCCCGACUGUUAGAGGACAGUGAUGGGGAGAGCGACGAAGAAGAGGAGGAAGAUAAAUAAGACCAGAGAGGAUGCAGAUAAUACACAUACUUUGAAGCAGAGCAAAUUGGAUUCUAAAAUAGGUUUUUCUGUUCUGUUAAAGCCUGCAAUAUUUUAAUUUAGCUAAAUUUGUUAAUAUUAUAUGAAUGAGUUUCACUCCUUCAGAGCUUCAGUAGCUAUUUUUAUUUUCAAUUACAAACUGUAAUGUUUUUGGUUUUGCAUUUAGAAACAUUAAAUGGUUCCUGUGGAGUUCCUGAACUUUAA